AUGGACAAGAGCUCCAUCGAUGGGCGGCGCAAAAAUAAGAACGCUGUAGCGCCGCAGGUCAGAUUGUUGCGCAAAUCAGAUACAGAAACGCCCACCAGUCUACGACCUGCUUCGCCUCCAAAAAGUAACCCAUGGAGUUCGACAAAGAAGCCCCCGGCAGCCUCUCUUGCGGGCAUGUUCCCGCCCUUGCCAAAACCUCAAUCGUUGUGGUCACCAGAGAAAAUGACCAACGCUGGAGCAUCUAGAGAACCCUCGACAUUGUCGAAUGAGUCGCGGCUUGGAGAUGACAUGGCACAACCUACGCUUUCGACUAGAUCGUUCUCCCCAGUGUCCAACAGUUCCUCCACAACUCGCCAACUUUUUGAAGCUGCUGCGCCUCGAGCGACCGAGAACCUUUGGAAAACCCCUUUUGGUGCCGAUGUGUUGGUACGUACUGGCGACAUACUCCUCAAAGUACAUCGCAACAUUGUGGUACCUCAAUCGGGCUGGUUUCGCGACAACCUGCCACCACCAAACUUGGAUGGAACUCCGGUCACGGUGGACCUACGAUUUGCCCCCGAAGCUGUCGCCCACUGUUUGCGAUUCAUCUACACUGGCAAAAUCGAAAUCUGCGAAUUUGAUCAAUCAAGACCCUGGUAUUCCUCACAUAUUCCCCGCUGCGUCUUGGCAUAUACCGCCGCUAUAUAUCUACGCAUGGCCCGAAUGGCGAAACACCUCCUUCGAGUGGUUGAGAACACUUCAAUCGAAAUUGGAUCUUUCAUACGAAGACACUACCUACAUCGAGACAUAGAUUGCUCGUCGUGGGUUCAGUUUUCGUGGCAUUACCAGACAGCUCUGGAAGUUAUUGUCAGGGAACAACCUCAGAAGCUGAUGGUCCCUAUGAGACUCGCCAUGGCAAGCAUUCUCGAUGCCAUGCUCUUUUGGCUGGCACGGCAGCCUCUCUUUGUCAGCGAGUUGAAGUCAUCCUGGUGGAGGAUCAUGCAGAUGAGUAUGCCGGAUAUUGCUGAGUAUAAGCGUCUUUGCAGAACCCCCGAUAACUACAACAGUCCUUUGCCAAGUGAGAUGGCGUUGAGGGAAAUGUUUGAAGAGAUGAAGCCGGGAUAUGAGAGGGAGACGACAAAGUCAGUCGCUACACAGACUGGAGAUAACCCAGAGAAUACAGUCUCUGUGGGCGACCCACGAUACUACUUCCCCGUCGUUCAUCGCGGAAGGCGUGUUUCUCUAUGA